CAUAGCCAUUUCACCAUGGUCCCUUUAGCCUCUUCUCUUUAUCUAUUGACCACCCUGUGCCCUGAGGCUCCCUGGAACCUUCUCCUGUCUCCUUUGCUCCCGACCCCACACAUUUACUGGCCCUGCUCCCUCCCUCCCCAGCUGCUGUGCCAGGGCUACCCCUCGGGCCACCUGGGCUCCCUGCUCAACGAGGCUGAGGCCGCCUUUGUGGCCACCAUGAUCGUGGAGAAUGGGGUUGGUCAGAGCCCAGUCUGGAUCGGUCUGCACGACCCCAACAAGAAUCGCAGGUGGAAAUGGAGCAGCAAUGCCCUUUACCUCUACCAGGCCUGGGAGAAGGGCUUCCCAGGGAGGACCGAUCCCAACUACUGUGUGAGCCUGACUCCUGAGUCUGGAUUCCAGAGGUGGAAAGAUGAACCUUGUCAGAAGGCGAACCUGUUCCUCUGCAAGUUCAAAGCAUAAAGGGGAUAAAACAGAAGAAAGAAUUGGAAUUCUCUUGUCUUGGAGCCAUAGUCAGCCAAGGACGGCCAUGGCCAUAAUCUCUCUGCUCUCCCAGAACAUCUUCCCUUCUGACUUCCUCACACCAACCAUCUACACCCCCUUUAAUAUCCACCAACGCUCUUUAAGCACCUCACUCAGUGCCUUGGAACCUUUUAUGUUAUAGACUACAAUAAGCCCUAGGUUGACAGGCAACCUGAACAUAAAUGGUCACAAUAUUUUUUAAAAGUAGAAGAGAUGAAGGAUAACUCUUUUGACAAACAUUGGUAAGGUGAAAAUUCUUCAGCAACGAGUCAAGAAGGUCAUUGAAGAAAAAACAAAUAUGAUUAUUUGAAAUUGAAAAUAAGCUAACUCUCAAAGUAUGAAAGUAUCAAAGAUAGAAGACAGGAAUUCUCCACAUGGACGCCUUAGGACUAUGACUGAAGGAGAAUUCUACUUCAGGUUCUUUCAAAAUGUCAUUGUCUUUACAGAUAUCUCUGUUGUAGACUGCACAUGUAAUUUUGUGUCUUUCAAUAAAGUUCUUUUUAAUCUGA